AUGGCCCUCGCGAAAUUCAACUGUCGCAUCUCGGUAUCCACGUUCUUUGCCAAAUCGCAUCCGAACGAUGAGUGUUGCGGCACGAAUGGACUACCGCUAACUCCAAACUCGAUCGGUAUCUUUGGCCGGUCGCAGCUUUUAAAGUCCGAGGCACUCCGACAUGACAACCUGUGCACCUAUCUGGAUGUGAUCCGUGGCAAGCACGAGCGUACCAUCAUCGUGCAAGAGUAUGUGGGCAGUCCGCUGGCGGAAACGUUCAUCGGAGAGAACAACAAACAAGAAACGCUGCUGCGGAUCGGCUAUCAGGUGUUAACUGCCCUAAGUCACCUUAACCGACAUGGUCUUGUUAGUCGCAACUUGGACCCAACCAAUGUGCUUGUAAGCCCUGAAUUUGGCGUCAAGCUGUACAAUUACGGGCAGUACCAUAUGACGUACGGAGGGCGCUACGUUUCAUUUCCGGUUGGAAACGUGUGCUACCAAGCGCCGGAAGUUCUGCUUGGCAGCCGCGACAAUCCGAAGGCUGAUGUCUGGAGCUUGGGUAUCAUGUUGGCCGAGCUGGCGAUUGGCUGUCGGCUGUGGGAGCCGCUGAAAGUGUCGCAGAUCGUACGAAAGGUUUUGAGUUUAACCAAUACGCAGAACGUAUUCGAGAAGAUCGCCCGAGAGCACUCUCGGGUAGGGGCGUACGAAUCGCUCGAUGCUGGGCUACGGCGAAUCAUUGAGAUGUUCCUUCAAAUAUCUCCGUUUGACCGACCGUUACCAAAAGAUGCUCUUAAGGAUCCGGUUUUCGAUUUUCUGCAAACGGAGUGCACAUCACCAAUGGAGUUGAGUAGCUUGACGCUGAUCGAAAGACACAUACCACUCGGUCAAAUCUACUACCUCUGGCAGUUGGCUGGUGGCGAUGUACAGCAAGAACUGAAACGGGAGGGGCUGAUCAAAAGUGAGGCGCCUAUUCUGUUGCUACCAAACUUGGUGCUCCUAAACGGAAAAUCUAUCUGCCCGCCGAAGAGCCAGAGUUUGCUACACGACAACCGGAUGGUUUUUCUCAACUUCAGCACGCUGCUUGAGCGGCUCGUCUCAAUCCCAGAGGAGGACUACGUGCCGCUCAUCUACAGCAGCGACAACUACCUAGAAUCAUCGAUCUUCAAGACUGAGUUGCCGCUCGUCAUUCGUGAACGUGACAUGAUCUACCAGUUCCAUCGCAACGUUCUGCUUAGCACCCUGCACCAGGGCUACCCGUAUACACAGGAUCUAUUGCGUUCAUUUGCUGCCAAAGACAUUCCCCCGCUAUUCCGCGGUCAGAUAUGGGCCUGUUUGUUGGGUGUUGUCGAGAACGGGCUGUUCGAACGAUUGGAUAAGUGCAGCCCCACGCACACCGAUAGGCAGAUUGAGGUUGACAUACCGCGCUGUCAUCAGUACAACGAUCUGCUUUCGUCACCGGAAGGACACACUAAGCUCAAACGGUUGCUGAAGGCCUGGGUUACUGCGCACCCGCAGUACGUCUACUGGCAGGGGCUAGACUCACUCACCGCACCGUUCCUUUUUCUCAACUUCAACAACGAGGAGCGGGCGUUUCUAAGUCUGUACAAGUUUAUUCCUAAAUACUUGCAUCUGUUUUUUCUAAAGGACAACUCGUCGAUCAUUAAGGAGUAUCUGGUGAAAUUUUCUCAACUGAUUUUCUUCCACGAACCCGUUUUGGCACGCCACUUGCACGGCAUCAACUUUAUUCCCGAGUUGUACGCGAUUCCGUGGUUUCUGACAAUGUUUAGCCAUGUGUUUCCGCUGCAUAAAAUAUUUCAUCUCUGGGACAAAUUGAUUCUAGGAGAUAGUUCCUAUCCGCUCUUUAUCGGCAUUGCAAUUUUGAGGCAGCUCAAGGGCACUUUACUAAAAUCGGGCUUCAAUGAGUGCAUUCUACUGUUCAGCGAUCUUCCCGACAUUGUCAUUGAAACAUGUGUGAAUGACUCGGAAACGAUGUACCAGUUCACACCCAAGAGCAUUACGUACCGGAAGUUCGCCUUACACGAGGAAGCCCCAGAUGAAUUUGAUUUAAACUACAGCGAGGCUGAUCUACGAGACGUACAGACCGAGCUGCAUCCUAGGAUCAGCGUGUAUGAUUUGAUUUGUCUGCUUCGAGAUCGUCACUCCAGCACGGCUGUCCUCGACAUUCGCAGUAAUCUCGACUAUCGUAAAGCAGCGAUCGAGAACAGCAUCAACGUACCUUUCAGCUCGGUAUCGCUGAAGGAGUGUCGGCUCGAGGCACUCAACGUACCGAAGCUAGAGGCAUACCUGCGUCGCCAGCCGUCUGUGAUUGUUAUUGUUGUAAGUGUCGCGCAUCAGAGUGCGUUGUUGUUUGCCAAAUUUCUCGUCGACAGUGGCCUACCGCAUGUGGCUAUUCUGCACCGAGGUUUCGAAGCGAUUUACCGCACCGACAACAAACUGAUACUGCAAACGUUCGAUUAUAUCAAUACACUUGCCCGGCAUAUGACACCGUUGUGGGCAUUCGGUGAGUAACAAAAAAAAAUACCCGGAAUUGAAUAUCUGCUGUAAGUGGCAAAGUAAAGAUGAACCCGUGAUGUUGACACCGGCUACUAACUAGGAAAAGAAUGAUCUACAAAGGCUAUACACAAUACUAAAAUUCGCAUUAUGAAAUAACAUUUAAUAAAAUAGUGCAUUAUGCAAGACAGUAAUAAAGAAGGACUAUAACUAAAAACUAAAACUCUAAGCUAAAAAUCUUUGGACUAAAAUUGCCAAGAUAACUGUCUUAAUUGUAACGUUUACCGCAGUGGUUGAUUGUGGUGGAAAUUAUUCUUCAUUUUCGAAAGCAUAUUGAGCAACGUCACAAAGGUGCUAGUCGUUUUGUGUCCUAGAUAAAAACUAGCUACUCUUUCUUUUCUAAACAUCCUCUGAACAAAGCCCGGAUGAGCGGGUUUAGGGAAUUGUGUUUAGGAAAUAAAUGCA